AUGUUGGUAAUCGUGGUAUUCGUGUUGUUGUUUGGCGCGUAUUUGCAAUGGUGGUGGAAACGGCGGCGGAUGUUGGAAUUGGCGGCAAAAAUUCCGGAGUUUCCGGGUGGUCUUCCCUUGCUUGGACAUGCGCACAAAGUCUUCGGUACUGAUAGCUCUGAAUUGUUGAACUUUAUAAUCGAAUUAUCUGAUGAAGCGAACCGCAAUGAUGGCAUCACAUCGGCUUGGUUCAAUAUGCGCCCGCACUUCUUGCCGACCUGGCUCCACCAUCGUCGGCUGCUGAACCCAGCUUUCAGUCCUCAAGUCCUAAACACCUUCCAAGGAGUAUUCAAUAAACAAGCCAGGAAGUUAUCUGAUGGGCUAGCUGUUUACGCUGAGGGGAAGGAAUUUGAUGCUGGUGCAAUCAUAGGGUUUACCUUCCUUGAGACUAUUUAUGAAACAGCAUUCGGCAUAUCACCAGAUGGGGAGACGUCAAUAGACCAGCAGUUCAACGAGGCAUGUCACAAGUUGCUCGGCAUUAUCAUCCGUCGGUUCCUUAACUCCUUGCUACACUUCGACUUCAUUUACAACUGGACUUCUAUGAAGAGAGAAGAGGAUAAACUCAUCAAAGUGCUGCAUAAUACUUCUAGUGAUAUUAUCGAGAAAAGAAAAUUACAAUUUCUUCACGAUAGCCAAAACAACAACAAUGAUGACACAGGAAAGCGAUUCAAACCAUUCCUCCAACUAAUCUUGGAACUUACAGCCACAAAAGGUGCUUUCAACGACAAAGACAUUCGCGAGGAAGUCGACACAAUGUUAGUAGCAGGUCAAGAUACAUCGGCUUUGGUUCUCCAAUACAUAUUCCUUACUCUCGGCUCGUAUCCGAAAGUGCAAGAGAAGGUGUACGAGGAAAUGUCGAAAAUAUUCGAAGAUUCCGACAGGGAUGUCACGAAAGAUGACUUGUGUCGAAUGACGUAUACUGAAGCGGUUAUCAAUGAGACGAUCAGGCUGUAUCCCAUCGGGACUAUCAUUGCCAGAGACGUCGAUAAGGAUGUUGAAAUAUCCCAAUACACGCUGCCAGCGGGUAGUACAGUGUUCGUGUCGUUCUGGGGCAUCCACCGCGGGCCGGAGUGGGGCCCAGAUGCGGCCGCGUUCCGGCCGGAGCGCUGGCUCGAGCCUAACACUCUGCCGGACUUGCACGCAGCCUUCGGGGGCUUCAGUAUUGGCAAGAGGAUGUGUAUUGGUAAAGCCUACGCCAUGUUAACGUUGAAGACAUCGCUAGCGCAUCUCAUACGGCGGUAUAGGAUAACUGCAGACCACACCAGGCUGCGACUCAAAUUAGAUUUUAUGCUCAGGCCCGCUUCUGGCCAUUACAUUACUAUUGAACGGAGAUAG